AUGGAGACCAUCCUCAUAAUUAAUAAGUCUUCCAUCAGCACCUUCUGUUCAGAGGACCAUGAUUCCUUCCUCCACUCCACAGGCUGGUUGACCUUCGGCAUCACCGCCUUCUCGGUGGUGUUUCGGCUGGUCAACUUCCUGGUCCAGACCAGCUUCGUGCCUGAUGAGUACUGGCAAUCCUUAGAAGUCCACUACAUGGCCUUUGGUUACGGCUAUCUGACCUGGGAGUGGCAGGACCGGCUCAGAGGGUUCAUCUACCCGCUGUUCUUCGCCUCCAUUUACAAAACUCUGCACUUCAUCGGCUUGGACUCUGUGACUGUGCUGAUAUGGUUUCCCAGAGUCAUGCAGGCCCUGCUUGCGUCUGCGGCCGAUGUGAAGAUGUACUUCUUCACCCGAUCGAUGGAGAAUCCUCGUGUGGCAAAAUGGACGUACUUCUGCCAGCUGUGCUCCUGGUUCACCUGGUACUGCUGCACCCGGACCCUGAGUAACACCAUGGAGACCACCCUGACCAGCCUGGCCCUCACCUACUACCCCCUCCCGGGCUCCAAAGCACACCACAGUAAGAAGUAUCUGACGCUGGUCGCCAUGGCGAUCGUGAUCCGUCCCACGGCGCUGAUCGUCUGGCUUCCGCUGCUCGUCUCCCACUUCCACCGGGAGGAGGGCCGGCUGCGGCUCAUCACCCACCGCUUCUGACCCGCAGGGGCUCUUACCCUGGUGAGCUCAACUGUAAUCGACUGCCUGUUCUACGGCAAGUGGACCCUGGUGCAGUACAACUUCCUGCGGUUCAACGUGCUGCACGGUCUGGCCGCGUUCUACGGCUCGCACCCCUGGCACUGGUACCUCAGCCAGGGCUUCGCAGCGGUCGUCGCCCACCUGCCCUUCUUCCUCCACGGAUGCUCGCUGGCCUCCAGACGCUACAGGGUCCUGCUGGUCACCAUAGUCUGGACCCUCAUGGUGUACAGCUUUCUCCCACACAAAGAGUUCCGGUUCAUCUACCCCGUGCUGCCCUUCUGCAUGCUCUUCUGUGGGAUGUCGCUGGCCCACCUGAAGGCCCGGAGGCGGGCGGCGGCGGGGGUGCUGCUGGUGGCCAACCUGCUCCCAGCGCUCUAUACCGGCCUGGUUCACCAGCGGGGGGCACUGGACGUCAUGACCCGUCUGCAGGAGCUCUGUGAGCCCCCCGGCCCCGCGGGCUCCCCCAGCCCUGAGGUCCUGUUCCUCAUGCCCUGUCACUCAACCCCCUACUACAGCCACGUCCACUGCCCCCUCAGGAUGAGGUUCCUGGAGUGUCCCCCUGACCUCGGGGGGGCGGGCUACUCUGAGGAGGCCAGGGUGUUCUAUCAGGACCCCCUCCACUGGCUCUCAGGGGCCUUCCCAGACCGGGCCGCCCUGCCCACCCACCUGGUGCUGUUUGACGUGCUGGAAAAGGACAUUUCCGGAUUUCUGGAAAGCAAUAAAUUCACAAGGACUGCCGAGAUAUUCCACUCUCACUUCCCUGAAGGGCGAGUUGGAGGAAACAUCUUGGUCUACGAGAGACGAGCCGCGGCCCUGGAGGAAAACAUACCACCUGAUAUUUAAAAUAGCUUUUAUUUGUUUGUUAUUAAAUGUGAGACAAAACCAA